AGGGGGCGGAGAAGCCCGAGCCGCCCACCCGCGCCGCGGCGGGGGCACCGCAGGCGGCUGCUGCUGCUGCUGCGAGGAGGAGGGAGGCGGCACCGGCGGGCGCUCUGCAUUGUGCGCCGCGCAGCAGUGGCAGAAGGCAGGCCCGGGAGGAGCCGCGCUCGCCCCCAACCCCAGCCCCAUGAGCGAGCCGGGAGGCUCCGGAGCGGCGGCGGCCGGAGAAGGAGGAGCCGCCGCCGCCGCCGAGCACGCCGCAGCGCAGACUGAAGGAGGCAGCAGUGUGGGGACAAGAGCAUCCACGGGCAGCAUUGAGAAACAAAGCAAUGGAGACGAAAAGGAGAUCAUAGCAUCACAUAGUGCUGCCUGCAUGCUUCCAUCCGGCUCAACCUGUAUAAGUGGAAAUGCAUCAGAUGUUACCGAAACACCCAUUCAGAAACAAAGCAACGGAGAUGAAAAGGAGAUCUUAGUGCCACAUAGCACUACCUGCUCGCUUCCUACCUGCUCAGCCGAUAUAUCUGGAAACACAACGGAUAUUACCGAAACACCGGAACGCUUAAAAAGAAGCCAGAAAAGCAUGAAGGCAGAAGGCACGGAUUCUGCAACUUCCCAUUCUUUGCCAAGCGAGGAGACUGCGACAAUGUCUGAGGUGAAAGUGAAGACAGAGGUACCAGAUGAAUAUGUUCAGGAAGUGAUCUGGCAGGAUGACGCCAAAGAUUCUAAGAAGAGCCUGAAAGAUGAGGCAGGGGAAGUUCCAGCUGAGAUCUGUGUGGUGAUUGGCGGGGUCCGUAACCAGCAGACGCUUGGAUCUUACGAAUGUGGGAUAUGUGGGAAGAAAUACAAGUAUUACAACUGCUUCCAGACACACGUGCGUGCUCACACAGACACGGAAGCUGCCUCGGGUGAAGGAGCCUCCCCAGGCAACAAUUUUCGGUACACGUGUGAUAUCUGUGGGAAGAAGUACAAAUAUUACAGCUGUUUCCAAGAACACCGAGACCUGCAUGCUGUGGAUGACCCCUACGACCAAACAAUCAUAGCCAAGGAUGAGGUGAAGGAAGAGGAGCCUGAGCCGUUUCAGAAGAUUGGUCCAAGUAUGACUUACCGAGUUUGCAACUUAAAAACUGGCAACUACACAUGUGAAUUCUGUGGCAAGCAGUACAAGUACUACACUCCCUACCAGGAGCACGUGGCACUUCACGCCCCUAUCAAAUAUUCUCGAUCUCCACUCUUCGUGGCAGUGAAGACAGAAGCGAAUCCAUCGGGCAAAAAACCUCCGGCUUCCAUUAUCCGCUGUUCCACCCUCUUCCACCGUUCUCCCUCCGGUGUCCCGCCGGCAUCCCAGUCCCAGAUGUUCCGUGCUCCAAAUUCUGGAUCCCCAGGAAGCAAAGCCACCACAGAAAGUGCUUUCAGCCGCAGAGUGGAAAGUAAAACACAAAACAACUUUGAAGAAACAAACAGCAGCUCCCAAAACUCAAGUGAAACCGCAAGUCCCCUGGUUUCAAAUCCUUUCCCGCUUUUGCAAAAACCAUAUACCUGCGGAGCCUGCGGGAUUCAAUUCCAGUUCUACAACAAUCUCCUGGAACACAUGCAAUCCCACGCCGCUGACAAUGAGAAUAGCCUCGCCUCCAACCACCCAAGGUCACCUCCGGCAGUGGUGGAAGAAAAAUGGAAACCACACCUCCAAAGAAACAGUACUAACAACACAUCAGCCAGCAGCUCACUAACAAACAGUGCAAUCCCUGAAAAGGAGAGACAGAACAUCGCAGAGAGGCUGCUGCGGGUGAUGUGUGCUGACCUGGGGACAUUGAGUGUGGUGAGCGGCAAGGAAUUCAUCAAGCUGGCUCAAACCCUUGUGGACAGCGGCGCCCGCUAUGGUGCAUUCUCAGUCACAGAGAUCCUUGGCAACUUCAACACACUGGCUCUGAAGCAUUUGCCUCGGAUGUACAACCAGGUGAAAGUGAAGGUCACUUGUGCCCUAGGCAGCAAUGCUUGUCUGGGCAUAGGUGUCACAUGUCACUCGCAGAGCGUUGGCCCUGACUCUUGCUACAUCCUGACUGCUUACCAGGCAGAAGGCAAUAGCAUCAAAAGUUAUGUAUUGGGGAUUAAGGGGGUGGAUAUUAGAGAUAACGGGGACUUGGUCCACCAUUGGGUGCAGAACGUGCUGUCUGAGUUUGUGAUGUCUGAAAUCAGAACAGUGUAUGUCACGGACUGCAAGGUGAGUUCCUCAGCUUUCUCCAAGGCAGGUAUGUGCCUGCGUUGCUCGGCAUGUGCCUUGAACUCAGUUGUGCAGAGUGUGCUGAACAAACGGACUCUUCAGGCUCGCAACAUGCAUGAAGUCAUUGAGCUGCUGAACGUCUGUGAGGACUUGGCAGGUUCGGCAGGGAUCUCUAAGGAGACUUUUGGCUCUCUUGAGGAGACAUCACCCCCACCCUGCUGGAAUUCUGUGACAGACUCUCUCCUGCUCGUCCACGAGCGCUACGAGCAGAUCUGCGAGUUCUAUAGCAGAGCCAAGAAAAUGAAUCUCAUCCAGAACCUCAACAAGCACUUGCUCAGCAACCUGGCUGCCAUUUUGGCUCCGGUGAAACAAGCCGUCAUUGAACUAAGCAAUGAGAGCCGGCCCACCUUACAGCUGGUGUUGCCCACCUAUGUGAAAUUGGAGAAGCUUUUCACUUCCAAAGCCAAUGAUGCGGGCAUCGUCAGUAAACUGUGCCACCUCUUCCUGGAAGCGUUGAAGGAAAACUUCAAAGUUCACUCUGCACACAAGGUUGCCAUGAUUUUGGAUCCACAGCAGAAGUUGCGUCCGGUCCCACCGUAUCAACAUGAGGAGAUCAUUGGCAAAGUCUGUGAGUUGAUCAAUGAAGUAAAAGAGUCGUGGGCAGAGGAGCUGGAGUUUGAGCCUUCCACCAAAAAACCACGGACCUCAAGCGAAAGCUCACCAACUCAGGAAGAUGACCGGUCGGGCAAAAAUGAAGUCUAUGACUAUCUGCAGGAGCCCCUCUUCCAAGCCACCCCCGAUCUCUUUCAGUACUGGUCCUGCGUUACUCAGAAGCAUACAAAACUGGCCAAGUUGGCCUUUUGGCUCCUAGCAGUACCCGCUGUUGGUGCCAGAAGCAAUUGUGUAAAUAUGUGUGAGCAGGCCCUCUUGAUCAAGAGGAGACGUCUGCUCAGUCCGGAAGAUAUGAACAAACUAAUGUUCUUGAAGUCUAACAUGCUUUAAAACUCAGUGGGAGGGUGGGAGAGGGAGGGAGAUGGGGGGAAAGUUACCCCCCGCCACAACCCUCUACACAUGCAAAACACUGUUCCAAACAAAGAAUCCAAUUUAAGUUCUAAACACUGUGGACCUCAUUUCUGAUUGCCCUGGGAAACAAAAUUGCUUUUUAUAUAUAUUUAAUGUGUGUAUAAAAAGCUAUGUUGGAAAGGAACGCUGGGUGUGUGCCAGAGCCACACUUCUACUAAGAACACACUCCUUCCUUGAGAGUGAGUGUGUGCAUGUGUGAACUUGAUAAACAUACUUACACUGGGGAGGGGGGGCAGACCAAUUGGAUGCUUACACUCUGACGUCUUCAGGCAGCUGAGUUCUAGUGACUUGAAUUGUUGGUUUUUCUCUUUCUCCUUCCCUGCUUUUCUGUUACACACCCGACCCCUCCAGCCAUCUCAUGGGCCCUCCUGCCAGGGAGAAUCACACCUGCUUUCCCAGAUCCACACUGGACUUUGCUUCUAAGAUAACUGUAUACCAUGAAGGCGUCUUGGCCUUCUGAACAUAACAUAACAAGUUCACAAGGGCAGCUGUGUUUCCGAAACACCAAUUAUCUCUAGUAAUCAGGAAGGGAGACUUGAAGGAUUUUUUUUAAUUAUUAUUAUUAAGAGUUUGAGUUUUUU